ACAAAGUGCGUGCUAGUGUUGCAGCAGUGCCAUGGUGAUAACAGUGCAACAUCUCGUGUGACCUAUGACCCCGCCUCAGAGCCGGCGCCAACGAUAGAACCAACAUAAGAUCAAUCUAGUGAAGAAGACUUGAGAGGCGAAGUGGAAAUUGUGAAAAUGGCAGGAGUAGUGAGCUAAUAGUGACGGAAGUUGCGAGUUUAUAUUUGGACCUGGCCGCUGAUCCACUCUCUCACCAUGGGAUGUGUGCAGUCGUAUUUUAGAAAGGCUCAUACUGCGGGUUUAUCGCCAUCAUCUACGCGUAGUUCAGACAAAGCAGCUAUACCUCAGGACACCACAGCCGACGUUGCAGACUUGGUUGAGCAGCCGGAGAAAGAACCACUGGAAGUUAUCGACAUACAUAACGAAGAUGAACUUACUUUGACCGAAAAACCGAACGAAUCCGCAUCAGAGCUGAACGGUACAGUAAAAGCCGACGAUGACGAUUCUGGCAAAUUGAUCGCCGCUGCCACUGGAGCACUCGCUGUCAUAAGCGUUGCUGCCACAGUGGCCGCUGUGACCACUAACGACGAAGAGAACAAAAAGCCAGCCGAAGAAACCAAGGUCAUUGCAGAAAGCGGCAGUACGAAUGUUUCCACUCUGAAAAUACCUGCGAACAGCAACGCAGACAAUGUAGAAGUUACUGAAGACCGCGAUGCUAAGUCGCCGAAGUUAGUUAAGUCGGAAGACGAAGUGGUCUUUGUACAGGCUGUCAGUGGAGAAAAUGAUUCUGCAGCGGAACGCAAAGAGAGUGCAUCUUCCUCAACACCUCUAACAGAAGAAGCAACUAUAUUCAGCGAGGAACCUCCGAGCGAAUCAGUGCCUGAUAACAAACUAUCCACUGCCAUAUCGGAAGAAAUCCCAGAACAGGGUCGCAGAGCAACAAGUGCCUCACAAAUUGUUGUCAAUGAGGACUUCGGCGGCUCAAGACCAACAAGUGCCGUUGCUGAGGGGACCAUUCCACCUAGUGCCUCACCAACCAAAGAAGAGUCAGUACCUGAACAACAGCAACACGAGGAAACUAGUAUGUUACCUAGUGGGACACCACCUACAAGAAGCAGGCCUCAGAGUGGUACGGAGGAACGUAGUCGUCCCGUUAGUGCCACAGAAUCGAACAAGGAAGCAAGCAGACAAAUAAAUUCUGCAGAAUUUUCAAAAGAGAAUAGAGAAAUUUCUGAAAACAACACCGUUGAAAUCAGUGAAGCUGCAGAAGUUGGCAACCAAGUCACCACUGCCGAAGGCGCAGACAGACCAACCAGUGGUGUCCAGGGUAGUGAACAGCCUGUAAGUGCUACAGGUUCUGUCAAAGAGGACGUAAGUACACCACAAAGUGUUGCCGAAUCCAACGAAGGGCAAAAAAGUGGAUCAGCAGAAUCUGCAGUGGAUAAUUUCGACGUUUCAGAGGAGGUAAAUGAAAUUCGUCCAGUUAGUAUUGCUGUUUCGAUGAAAGAAGAAAGUAGCCGACCAGUUAGUGUCUUAGAAUUAACAACGCAGGAAAGAAGUAGGCCUGCAAGUUCGGCAGUGGAUAACAUCGAAGUGUCUGAAGAACCGGCAGACAGUCGGCCAGCAAGCGCUGUAAAAUCAGUUACACAAGAAGAAAAUGUUGCAUCAGAAAACGAAGAACUGGCGAUAGAACCUGGAGAAAGUCCGCCAAUUAAUGCUGAUGAAGUAGAAGAUGGUGAACGUGAGUCCAAAAUUUCAGGAGUUGAUUACGUAGAAACUGCAGAUAGUCGGCCUGUUAGUGUUAUAGAAUCUGGCAAAGAAAGCGAAACGCGAUCAGUGAAUGCUGCACAACCCUCUAAAGAAGAAGAAGAAGAAGAAAACCCUGAUGUACCAGAAGAACCUACAGCAAUUUCGCCACUGGUCGCAAAUGAAUCAGUAGCUGUUGGAAGCCGGUCCGAGAAUUUAGAAAUUAACACAGUACAAAACCCUAAAGAAACUGAAACAUGUCUGCCUGUUGUUGUUUCGGAAUCUACCAAAGAGGAUGUAAGUCAAUCAGGAAGUAUAAUAGAACCGAAUGAGGAAAAGGAAAGUUGGCCAGUUCACUCUACAACAGACAACACUAAAUUAUCAGAAGAACCUACAAGAAACGGAACGGUUAAUACCAUUUCAGAACCAACCAAAGAAGACAGAAGUCAGCCAAUAAGUAUAAUAGAACCUGCUAUGGAAGGUGGGCCAAUUUAUUCUUCAACAGACGACGUUGAAUUAUCAGAACAAACAGGAAAUGGAAUAGUUAGUGCUGUUUUCAGACAUCCAACUAGUACUAUUGCAACAGAUAAAGAGGAAAAUGGACCAGAAAAUCCUAUAAACUCCGCAAAAUAUGAAGGAAGCAGGCAAACUUCUGUUGUAGAUAAUGAAGUUUCAAAAACGCCAUCAGAAUGUCAGCCGGUUUUUGACUCAGCUCAAGGAGAGAUGAGUAAUGCAGUUUGUGUUAAAGCACUAACAGAGGAAGCCGAAAUUAGGCCAGCAACUGCUUCAGAAUCAGUGAAAGAGGAUGGAAUUGAAUCAGCGGGUUCUACUGAAGGAAACGCAGACAUUACUGAAGAGAGAUCAGAAAACCAACUACUUAACGCUGAAUGCCUCGGAAAUGGGGAAGGAAAUCGUCCUGUUAGUGCUGUCACUUCAGAAGUAGAAACGAUGUAUAGACCAACAAGUCCUAUAGUAAAAGAAGAAUUUUCUGUUGAACGUGGAGAGAGUCGAGUUUCAGCCAAAGAAGACAGCAGACCAGGCAGCGCCAAAGAAUAUGCGAAAGAAGGAAUUGGGGCAAUUGGUGAUGUUGAAAGUACCAAGGAGGAUGAAAACAGAUCGGAAACUGAAGCAACCAAAGAAGAUGAAGAAGAAAGCAAUCUCCAUAGUGCUACCGGUCUGACACAAGGGGAAGAAGGCGGACUAAUACAUACAGCAGAACUAGCCAAAGAAGAAGCAAGCAGGCCAAAUGAUGAUGCAGUUUUGGUGAGGGAUGAAGGUACUACACAAGCGACUGAUGCAGAAUCGAUCAAAGACGAAGCGACUGAGCAAGUUUCCACUAACGGCGAAGUAGAUUUAGCCAAAGAGGAAGCUGGUAUGCAAAUGGUUGCUGCAGAUUCUGGAAACGAAGAAGAAACUAAUCAAGGAAAUACUGCAGAAUCAAUCAGUGAAUUAAGCAGACCAGUAAGCUUGUCUGAUUCAACCAAAGACGAACGGAGCAGGGCACAAAACGUUGCAGCAGAUGACACAGGUCCUACACAAACAUCACAAAGUCGAUCUGUUAGUGCUUCUGGUUCAAUCAUAGAAGAAAAUUCUGUUACAGAAAAUGUAGAGAAUUCUGCAGAAUCAACUAGAAACAAGCCUCUGAGUGCCACAGAAUCGAUAAAAGAAGGAAGCCAAACAGUCAGCUCUGCAGACGUUAAACGAUCUUCAACUGAAGAGCAAUCAGUGCCUGGCGUGGAAGACGAAAGCGAAGAAGUAGCUCCAGAACCGAUAGAUGUCCAAAUCGCGGAACAUGAGAUCGGAAAGACGACGAGAAGUCCGUCGAGUGCGGCUCCUUCAGCCGACACCCAGGAACGAACAGAAGACGGGAGAUCCACAGCCGAGGUAGGCAAUGAUAGCGGACCUCCAAGUGCUUUGCUGUCCAUUGGUGCGGAAUCAGAGACCACCAAGGAAGCCAGUGAACAAGGACUGUUGUCCAGUGGCGUAGGAGGAACAACCGAAGGGGUUGAAUCGCCUACGUCAACCCAUACCGAUGAUAUUCCUUCAUUGACAGUGACUGAGACUGUUGACGAUCCUGGGAGUGACGGUGAAGCUGGUCCAUCUGUAUCGGAGAAUAAGCCUGGAGAGGACGAAAAGAGGGCAGUAACCGAAGGUGCAGAUGAUAAAAUGACAGUUGUGGAUGAGACGCAGGCGCAGAAUACAGCUGCUACAAUGAUUCAAGCAUCUUUUAGAGGUUAUCAGACGAGACAGGCUUUGAGUAAAGCUGCGGAAAAAGACGAGGUUCCACAGUCAGUGAUGUCCCAUGACUUCCUGUUCGGUCCUGAGGUACAGCCGUCGCUUGCAGUUGAGGACUCAACAGUCGACGGCACUCCCAGAGACCAAGAGACGGAGGAAAGACAACAAGAAGCUGACAACGAGCUAAUGGAGUUGCAGAAACCACAAGAAUGUGAUGAAUUUCGUGCGCCACCAAAAGACGCCUCUGACGAUUUAACAGGUGCAGACUCGUCGAUGUCCACCGCGGCGACAAAGAUUCAGGCUGGGGUACGAGGUUUUCUGGCAAGGCGUCACGUUCAUAAUAUGAUAGCCAGCAAUUCUACAACAGCGCCAUCCAUUGGCGACAGCCAGCAAUCUCUUAGAGAUACGAUUACAUCUCAGGAAAUGGAAGAUGAAGGUGUCCAUGUUUCCGGUUCAAUGGAGACAGAAGUACAGAAACAGCAUCCGUUUUCCAUGGACGAAGAGAUUUCUCAGUCUCAGGAAAAUACAACGACGACUAAAAAUGUUAAGAUUGAGAAUGGGUUAUCUUUAGACAGUCACAUGAAGGAGAAGGCUCAGAGAACUGCGGUAACUAAGUCAGCUAUCUCUCUGCAUCUGGACGGACCGGUGAACGAAGACGAGGACCGAAACGUGUGGCAGACUUUACAGCAAGAGGAGCUGGAUGACGCAGCAACCAAGAUACAGUCCAGCUAUCGCGGAUAUCGGAUGAGACGAAGUCUGAAGAGGGAGGACGCUGUUCAGAUGACUACCACCAGCACCAGCUCUAAUACUGCGUCUAGUGACGUCAUUCCGAACCCCAUGAGGCACACUGGAGAGUUUCACGACAUGAUGGUACUCCCACCGUCUCCAGAAGAGGAUAUCAAUGACACAAGUGCUCGAAAUCACGUGGUCACAGCAUCCAGUACGCCUUUACAGUCAGACGAUGACGUCACACCAGCAGCUGGUAACAAGGAAACGGAUAUGACGGAGUCGAAGCAAGGCGGUGAAGCCAAGAUGGACGAGACAGCAACAGUUAGUGAAGCAGAAGCUGCGACGAGGAUUAAAGCAUCUCACCAUGGUUUCGAAACGCGUCAAGAUAUCAAGACAGCCAAUUUAGCGGCAUCUAAGAUUCAGGCUGGAUUCAGAGGUUAUAAAGUUCGUAAACAGUUACGGGAACAUACCGAGGAGGAUAAUAAGAAUGGACCACGAAGCCAGGGUUCUCUCUCACAGUCUUCUAACCAGGAGGAGGAAGAGGAGGAGGUGAGGGCGACAAAUGGAACUCCAGCAGGCGACAUUGAAGAUAAAUCAGCAACAAUGAUCCAGGCAGGUGUGAGAGGCUAUCUGGUGAGAAAGAGGCGACAGGCUGAAAGUGAUGCUGCUGUCAAAAUACAGGCAGGUUUCCGUGGCUACCAAGCGCGCCGCGAGGUGAAGGCAAGGCAGCAGCAGCAGCAGCAACAACAACAGAAAAAGGACCCAAGACGCAUACCAGAAUAAUGUAUACAUGCAGUGGAGUGACUCAUCACCACAUCUCUUCAAGGCAAUGAAGCAAUGUCUGGUAACCUAAUGGACGAAUGCACUUCCUAUCAUAACUCUUACGUGACUUUUUUCAGGUCACUUGAAGUUUUUAAAAAUGUACAGGUAUGUAAGUGGUACAUCAACAGUAACAUAUCAGACGCUGCUUUGUACAAAAUAUAAAUACAUAAUUCUGGCACUGAAGUUAUAUAUAAAUUGGGUCUCAUUAGUUUAUAAAUUGGUUACCAGUUAAAUACCAGGAGAAUGUUACAAUUGUGUACGGCAGCGUGCAUAACUUUUGUAGGUUUAGGAUAAAAGAAAGUUGUAUUUUACAAGGUAGUAGAAACGUUUUAUCCAUUUGGGUUGCGAAGCCAAAGCUAAAGAAAGUACUGUGGCCAUUGCUGAACCAUUGCAGCACUCAGAAGCCCUAAAUUGCUGAAGAAAGUUAUAAAAUAACAGAAGGACCCCAUGAUCCUAAUUUUUUCCUAUGUAAAUGAGGGAGAACGUAAGCAGUACAGGCCUACAUUAAAGGACGAUGCAGGAACAUUAUUGUAAAUAAAAAUUGUUGUAGGCCUAUACAAAAGGAAAACAAACGGAAGUUGUGAAAGGCUGGCUGAAAAAUAAAGAGAACCAUUUCUCAACGAAUUUAUUUUGUAUGUAAAGCAUCUGUCAAAACUAUCCAUAUCUAGCGGGUGAUAUUAAAGUGUCACCACUAGAUGUAUUGUAAUACUAUCUGUUAAGAGCAAUUCUAGUCUGUUUUGGUAACAUGAAUACUGUGGCAUAAUAGGAUAGAAUCAGUUCCGUCAAGUUACGAUUCCUGUUAUCGAAGUCAUGGCCUCACAGAUCGCAAGCGAUUUUUAAUUUAUAACAAAGUCCCAAAUUUUUAUACUGCAGCCUACAAUUUCCUACAUUAUGUGCUUUGAAAAAUAUGUUUAUAUGAAUACGUUUAAACGCAAACAUUGUAACUAGAAUUUAUAUAGGCCGAUUUUUAUGUCACUUUGGACCAGGAAAAUUACAUAGCAAGUGCAUUCAAUUAUCACGUUUCUGAUGUACGUACAACUUACAUUUUGCGAUGUGCUAUAUGCUAACGAAAGAAGACUCGAUAUUACUUGUUGUGUUGUACCAGUAUAACCCAUAUCUGUGAAGUAUUUGAUAAUUAACUGUUGCCAUAUUUGGAUAGACUUAAUAUGACAAUACAACCACGGAGUCUUUCCUCUUAUUUAGUCGUGGCUACAAGAGUAUCUUUGUUUUUGUAACUUUUAUGUUUGUGUAUGAGGAAUGCCAAUAAGCAGAUACUGUUCUGAUAGUUUUGUGGUGUACUCACUGUGACAUUCAUUAUUCUUGUCUGAUACGUAAACAUCACACGGUAAAAUCAGUGUAAUGUACUGCAGUCACUAUGGUGUUCGUACUGUCAGACGACGCUCGAAAAUUUGCGUCUCUUUGUCGUUCAAUAACGAGUAAAGAUCUUGAAGAAAAGUACGACUUUAAGAUCAUUAUUUGAUCUGGUGGUGCUGGAGUGAUAUUUUACCGUGUGAUUCAAACAUUAGUGUCGUUUAAAUAUCAACAAAAUUCAGGGAACGAAUAUGAAUGGCGUUGUGUCGUUAUUUGUGUUACAUUUACUGCCUGUCGCUGUUGUAGGUUUUUUUCAAUCCAUUAUUGUUGAACUACUCUGCAUUGUUUCCGUAUGUUUUUCACAAUUACGUAAAUGUAAAAUUUAAUAAAAUUGCAUUAAUUUUACAGUUCCCACAGAUAUAGUUAUUAAUUGGUUGUAUUUUAUUGUGAACAAUUUUAUAGUCUGUAUUUUCGUCCUGCACACAAAUUUUCAAAUCAAGCUUAAAAAGAAGACUGUUACAGAUGAAGGAGAAAUUUAUUUCCAAAUCAAUUGGUUGUUUUGAAAAUCGCCAAUUUAUUUCUUCAUGCUUUGUAAACAUUGUACUAUUCCAACUUAUUUACAUGUAUUGUUUAGACCAAUUAUAUAUGUUAACAUUUGCGAUCAAAUAAAUGCAGUCAUCUGCAAAAAGUAA